GCUCUAAAAAAUGAACAGACAAUGAUGGUGGCCAAAUAUGUUGUUUCCAUACGAUCGCAAAAGCCGCAGAUCAUUUUUGGAGACAAUCAUUUCUGUGUGGGUUCCAUAGUUGCGCCCAGGUUUGUUCUUACCGCUGCUGCGUGUACUAUGAGCAAUCGCAAAGUGAAGCACACAUUGCGAUCUAUUGUUGUCGUUGGCGGCACACCCAACCGACUAAUAGCCGUCAAAGAUACAGUUACUAAUAAGGUGCAAAGGAUCUUUGUGGCGGAUAAUUUUGUACAACGCAGCACAAACAAUAUUGCGCUGCUCAAGCUUGAUUCGUGGCCAACAGGUAAUCCUAGCAUCGAUAUAAUUAACCUGCCCAAGGCGGAACCCAAUUAUGGUAUCAUCUAUAUGGUGGUUGGCUGGGGACGUAUGUUCAAGGGUGGUCCCCUGACUGGCAAUCUAGUGCAUGUUUUUGUGAAGCUGAUGGAUCGUAAGACUUGUCUGAGCAUGGUGAAGACCUUGUAUCCCGAAAUGCUAUGCGCAGGCAAUUUUGAAGAGGACGGGGACAAUAGUCCUUGUGCUGGCGACACCGGCGGGCCUAUGAUUGAUAACACGCUGGUAGCCAUCGUAUCGCAUCGCCUGGGCUGCGGCUCAAGUUCAACGCCUUCGAUCUACACUGAUGUGGUACCACAUGGACUGGAUAAACGACACAAUUACCAACGCAUCUAG